AAGGUCUCACUCGUUGGGUUUUUUUUUUUUUUUUGGUUUUCUCUCUCUAGCUAGGCUUGUGGUGGUGAGUUGAGUAUGGUCUGUGAUCUAUAAAAGUUGGAACUUGAUGCUUCUUUGCUGUUUUUACAAGUACCCAAUUGAUGAAAUUGGUUUUUCUUUGCCGAAUUUUAGCAAAGCAUUUGAUGCUCUUGAAGGUACAAUCAAAAGCCCAAUUACGGGGACUGUUCUAAAGACCCUGCCAAUUUCAGUUCUUACACAAUUUAAGUAGAAUUUGAUGCUUUUGGUCUUUUCAGGUACCCAUUUGAGAAUAUCUCGAAAGGGUUUAUGCCAUACUCCUUUUUCUUGGUUUUGCUUCUGGAACAAUUAUUACCAACAACUAGUUGUAACCCCCUUGAGACUAAUUCCUUACUAAUUAAAAGACCCUCUGUUUUCUUCAUAAAUCUAUGUAGUAAUCUUCAAUUGGGUCCUUGUUGUAGAGAUUCAAACGUUCACAUCAAUCACAUUGGUGUAUUUGAUUGAUUAGAAGGUAUGAAAAUUUAGUUCUUCUCCUCUAAACAAAAAGGAAAAAGGGAAUCUGCUUUCUUUUAGUUGCUCGGCUGAGCUGUUACUUAGUUAAUGUCUUUGUUUGUCUAUGUCUACUUUAUGCUCUGAAAGGUUCACUUUCUUGUCUGUGGGGAGCAUUUUUUUUCUCUCCCUUACUCUGUAGUUGAGUAAGCUUGAUCCUAGGGUUUCUGAAAGAAAUAAGUAAGUUAGUAGCCGGUGCCUUAUAUAUAUAUAUAUAUAUAUAUAUAUAUUUACUAUUUGUCAUUUCACUUUGAGUCUAUGGGGUACUACAGUUGAAGGGCUUCUUUUACUUUAACACCCCAUCAGCUUAACAAAGCUGCCAAGGUUACUUGCCCCUUGUUGAUUCCUGCAAUUUAUCAACUUUAGUCAAAACUCACUUUGCCUUUUGUUUCACAUGUAGUUUUAUCUUCUGUUUGUCUGGGUUUUCUCCUUUGUAUAUAGUGCAACUCCGUUGAUUUGGGGGAGCUUUUAUUCUCAGAACUUUUGAAUUGAAGAGAUGAGUGGUCAGGAGAACGAGGAUAUGGGGUUUCGACAUAGAAGUCACGGCAUUCUUAAUUGUCCUCCUUCAGGGAUGAGCACAAAUGCCCCUCCUGAUAAGGUUUCAGGGAUGACAAUGAGCUCACUGACUAUGUUUAAACCUUCCAAUGGACAAGACCAUUUCUUUGCUUCUGGUUGGGAUCCACUUGUCUCAUUGAGUCAGAGUGAGAAUUUUGGAGGUUCUUCAGUGGUUUCUCAUGGUGAAUUUUGCAAUCCUCCUUACCCUGUUGCAUUGGAAAAUCAGGGAAUGAGUAGCAACUCCCAACUCGUUCAAUAUCCAUCCGAUUCGAGUUUUGUUGAGAUGGUGCCAAAGCUUUCAUGCUUUGAAAAUGGGGGAUUCUCAGAAAUGGUUGGCUCUUUUGGCUUGCCUCAGUGUGCUGAGAUUGCUAGUAAUACUAAUGGGUGUCCUCGAAAUUACACAAUAAACCAAGAGAAAGGCAGUGAGAGGACAUCAAGAAUUGGGGGACAAUCUCAAGAUGGUUGCCAGAUUUCAGAUGGGGGCAUAGGAUCCUCACCCAGUGGAAAAAGAAGAAAACGUGUUCCUGAUUCAAGUUCUCCCCUCAGUCCAGAGAAGAAUGCUGAAGGGGGACAACAAAUGGAUCUAUCUGGGGAUAAUUCUGAUGUCCGAAAGGAACAGGAUGAGAAGAAACUAAACACUGAAGAAUAUACUAGUGGAAAUAUGCGGAGUAAGCCAACAGAGGCGGUGGGUAAACAAGCUAAGGAGAGUUCUAACAGUGGAGAUACUCAAAAGGAUAAUUACAUUCAUGUGAGAGCCCGAAGGGGUCAGGCUACAAAUAGUCAUAGCCUUGCAGAAAGGGUGAGAAGAGAAAAGAUCAGUGAGCGGAUGAGAUUGCUUCAAGAACUUGUUCCGGGAUGCAAUAAGAUUACGGGUAAGGCGGUAAUGCUUGAUGAGAUCAUUAACUAUGUACGGUCGCUGCAGCAGCAGGUUGAGUUUUUGUCAAUGAAACUAGCGACUGUGAAUCCAGAAUUGAACAUUGAUAUAGAACGGAUUCUGUCCAAAGAUGCAAGCCAGAUUCUCAACUCGCGAGGUGGCAAUGCAGCUAUUUUUGGACUUGGCCCUGGAAUGGGCUCUUCUCAACAUUAUCCACAUGGGAUCUUUCAGGCAAACCUUCCAAGUAUACCGAGUUCAGCUCCACAAUUUGCUUCUUUGCCUCAGGCAGUUCUAGAUAAUGAGCUUCAAGGUCUUUUCCAUAUGGGAUUUGAAACUACUGCUUCCAUUGACACUUUGGGACCAAAUGGGUGCUUGAAACCAGAGCUAUAGUUAUGCAGAAGAUUAAACUUUCUAGUUGACUGAUUUGACUCAAUCAGGAGGGGGGAGAAAACACAAAACCAAACAAGAAAAGAAAAAAAAAGGGGUAAAAAUUCAGUUGUAUAGGAUCUAGCAGUUCCUAACUAGUUCUUCGAAUUUUUAGCAGAAGAAGAUGACAUUUGAAAAAGUUAAGAAUCUUGUAUAUUUUUGAGACAGAAUUUGAUUGGUGAGCAUGAUUUGUUUUUCUUAUAAAUGGUGUUGUAGAGUUGUCCAUGUAUUGAAAGCUUUGUGAGGGUUUUGGGAAAUGAUUUUGUAGAGUGCAUCAAAUUCAAGCAAGAAAAGGUGGACUAAAUAGUUUGUUUUGUUUC